GGUUGGAAGUUGGAACUAGACAUGAUCAUUACCAGCUCGUGCAGUAAUCCGGCACUAAUUUGUACCACUAACCGUGCAUUUUACCAACGCAUCGUAGAAUCUGUCUGAAAUGAAAUGGCACGAGCUGAGGUAGCCAUGGAAAGAAGAGAAGCAUGCAGGGCAGCAGAGGAAAGGCAAAAAAGCAAAAGAUCACCACCCUAAUCAGCACUUACACAGACACCAAAGCCGGUUUUCUCUCAGAAAAGAAACACCAAAGCCAGAGAUAGAGCAAUGAUAUGGAGAGACACCGAGACAGCGACCACCAGAACACAGUGCUGCGUCACUACGUGCCGUGCUACACCCGGGACAGAGAGAUGGCUGAGACGCAAACAAGAAGCAGAUCAUGCGGGCAAUGGUAGGGUCCCUGAAAAGAAAGAGCAGUGUAGGCCAAUUUAUAUGCCCCUCACGCAUGGCUCUGCCGUUGUUCCUCUGAAUCAUCGUAAGCGCAUAACCACUUCGGUUCCAAGCAGCCAAGAAAACGCGGCUCGGUGAGCUCACGAGGCAGGAACAAUGGCGAGAGGGCAAGGAAAGGACUUGGAGGAGAGGCGUGAGGUUCAUGGAGAGAUGCUGCAAGAGGAGGAGGAUUACAUCGACAUGGACCUGAGCUCAGCUGCCGGGCCGCCUGUGGCGAGGGAGUUCGAGUUCAUAUCGGCGCCGCUGGACCGGUGGGGGGAGCCCCUGGCGUCGCCGGCGGACGAGCUCUUCUACAAGGGGAAGCUGCUGCCGCUGCACCUCCCGCCGCGCAUCCAGAUGGUGGAGGAGCUCCUCGACGGCCGCGUAGACAGGAGCGGGGGCAGGGGGGUCACCGGCAUCUGUACCGCCCCGGCGACGCCGUACGAAUCGUGCAAAGCGUCACCAGCGAACUCGUGCUACGUCAGCGGGGAGCUCAACGUGGAGGAGUACUUCCAAGAGUACGCGGCCGGCCUAGCGGACGCGGCGGCGGCGGUGGCCGGCGAGAGGAAGCCGUGGUCCAGGAAGCUCAGGUUCAUGAGGCAGCUCAACCUCGGCCUCAAGCUCAAGGCGUCCAAGGCUUACCUCAAGACGAUAUUUGCCGCCAAGCCGGGGAACCCCGACGACAAGAACGUUCUUGGCUCGACGAGAGGAGCGCAGGAACUCGCCCAUGGCCAUGGCCACCUCAGGGCAUGGAGGAAGAACCCGUUCGGCCAGAUCAGAAGCAACAGGUGCAUCGUCUCUCACAGUGGCAGCGGCGACGGUGGCAGCGGGAGUGCUGCAGGAGGGCGGCAUAAAGAACGCGAGCACGGGCACAGGAGGUCCUUCUCCAGCGUCAUCGUCCGGUACUCGUCGUCGAACAAAACGUCUCCUGCCCCUGCUAUGCCGUCGUCAGCAUCCUCCUCCUUGUCGUCGUCGAGCUCGUCCGCCUCCUCGUCUGUGCGGACCUCGAGCGAGUCCGAUGGCUCGGUGCCGGCGCUGAGGAGGAGCAGCAGCGCGAGCUCGGAGGUGGAGAACCCGGUCCAGGGGCUCAUUGCCUACUGCAAGAAGUCCCAGCAGCUGGCCUCGGUGAGGAAGAGCGCCAGCGACGCCGGCUUCCGGUUCCUGUUAUCGGCGGCGUCCAAGAUCGCCGCAGAGUCCGACGGCCUAGACGAGCUGAUCGAGAUUCACAGAGGAUGAAAAAUGUGAUCGAUGAUGAUGAUUGUACGAUGAUGCAAUGCAUUCUGAAAAUUUUGU